UUGUUGUUCUAACAUUACAUUUAUAUGCACAUUGAUGCAUUUAAGGGAGAGGCAUAGCCUUUUGAGAAGUACUCUCCUCUGUUUCCCUAUCAAAUCCCAAAUCCAAAUUAAUAGCAAAUCUGCCCCGUCAUGUCAUAUCUAUGUAAAUCUCUGUUUAAUUCUUCUGCUUCUUGGUUUUGUAAUUUGGUUGUUUUCAACAUCUCGGAGUGGUUAGAUCUUUUUCAAUUGUCAUUAUUAACCUGUGCUUAUUUGUUUCAUGUGGAGUUUACUUUUUCCCUAUGCUCAAACAAAUCAAACAGUUAUGUGCUGAUUGCAACACCUGGCUUCACCAUUACCCCAGAGCUCUAUAAAGAAAAAGGACCGCUAGCAGCCCAUGGACUAUUGGACUUCUGUUUGUUUACAUUUUAAAUAUACCUUUUUAAAAUGUUAUUGUACAGGUAUAAAGCUGUAGGCAUUAGAUUGGACUCUGGUGAUCUUGCUUAUCUAUCGUGUGAAGCCCGGAAAUUCUUUCAGGCUAUUGAGAAGGAAAUUGGAGUGUCUGAUUUUGGAAAGAUGAGCAUCACAGCUAGUAAUGACCUGAAUGAAGAAACAAUAGAUGCUUUAAACAAACAGGGUCAUGAAGUUGAUGCAUUUGGAAUUGGAACUCAUUUAGUUACAUGUUAUGCUCAACCUGCUCUGGGUGUUGUAUUUAAAUUGGUGGAAAUAAACAAUCAGCCUCGGAUAAAACUUUCUGAAGACGUUUCAAAGGUUUCUAUUCCAUGCAAAAAACGAUGUUACAGAUUAUAUGGGAAGGAUGGUUAUUCCCUUGUAGACAUAAUGAUUGGAGAAAAUGAACCACCUCCAAAGGUAGGUGAAAGAAUAUUGUGUCGUCAUCCAUUUAAUGAAUCCAAGAGAGCACACGUGGUACCACAACAUGUUGAGGAGCUUCUGAAGUGUUUUUGGCCUGGUAGUUCAGGAAAAGCUAGAGAAGAAUUACCCCCUAUUAAGUUGAUCAGAGAACGUUGUAUUAAACAACUGGACCAGAUGCGGACCGAUCACAUGCGAAGGUUGAACCCAACUCCUUACAAGGUUAGUGUAAGUGCAAAGUUGUAUGACUUCAUCCACUUCUUAUGGCUCAAUGAAGCGCCCGUUGGAGAGUUGCAGUGAAAGUUUCUAGUGACACGCUGAGUGAGAUAUAAGUAUAAAAAUACCUUAGAAGCUGAUGAAUCUCUCUUUGCUGACAGUAGAGUUCACAUGUUUCUAUAUUGAUUGAAGAAUAAUGUUUUUUUCAUUUUCCUGUUUAGGUUUUUGUUCAAGAGAAGUAUACGUGUAAAUAUGCUUCUUUUCUAGUCUUGUCUAAUUUCAUUAACAGCAUGUAAUUUUUACAAAUGUUCACAAGGGAAUUCAGUGCAUUCUUGAAAAGUUAAUAAGUUCUUCUUU